AUGGCGCAACCAUUGGGGAAGCUCGACCUCGAAGAGCGCGUCUCGUACAUCGCCUCGGCCACGCCGCACGACGCUGAGAAGGACGGGUACGCCGACGUCAAGACGCCUGGCGAGCUCGAAGACGGUGCGCUUGUCGAGGGCGGGGCGCUGCACCUCUUCUCGCGCGAAGCGUUUGGUCUCUUUUCGCAGUACGGUGCGAUCGGCAUCAUCUACGGCAUGAUCCCAUACCUCUCAUAUGCGCUGUACACCAACUACCUCGGCAUGGAAGGGUACCAGACCGCGUCGUACGGUGUGCUCGUGACCACGGGCUGGUCGUUCAAGGUGUUCUGGGGCAUGCUCUCGGAUUGCUUUCCCAUCUUUGGCUACCGUCGCAAGUCGUGGAUGCUCGUCGGGUGGACCAUCACGAUGCUCUGCUUGGCCAUCAUGACGUUUUCGCCGUUCGGUGCGCCGUACUGCGACCGCCGCCUCACCAAAGACCUCUGCAACCUCCCGAUCGAAAACGUCAAACCCUCUGACAUUGCCUUGUACUUUGACUUGGACGCGCCGAACCGCG